ACUCGCACAGGCGCGCGCGGGUAUAAAACACCGACAGACCCGCUAACUAACAUCGUCUCAGCUUCACUUCAUCUGUCAACGUGUGACCGUAAACAAUGAACGACUCCAGCAGUGUUUCACACAGCAAGGCCAAUAAGCCUCUUACGUUCCGCUCAACGAAGGAGAUGUUUGAGAAAAUGGAGGAAUCAUUCAAAAUAUGUGCGCGGUGUGAGAGAGUCCCAUCACAGGUCCCGGGUCCGCUAAAGCGAUGCACACGCUGUCUGAAUGUGUAUUACUGCAGUAAAGAGUGUCAGAAGAAAGACUGGCCUCAACAUAAACUCUACUGCAACAAACUGUGCAUGGCGGCGGUGGACAGACACGUCGAGUGGAUCCUUUUUAAAGGAGAUCUUCCUUUCCAUACGGAGGUGUGGUCUCGUCCUGCUAACAAAGUAAGUUGUUGGAAGGACUGGUUGUCUAUGCAAGGAGAUCUGACACCCCGUCUGGAGCCAAUCCUGUCCGGGAAAAACAUGACAGAUCUCUGGACCAAUGGCUGCAGGCCGAGGCCCGAGGAGGCGGAGCUUCGUGAGUCUGUGUGGCGGGUGUGCAGCGAGUUCUUCUCUCGGCCCCUGACGGUUGGAAUGGGACUGAGGAUGUUUAACUUGGAUCCGUACUCUCGGCCCCUCACCAUCCACGUGGUCGGAGCCGGUCACAACGAGACGCUGGGAGCCAGAGUCUCCGACAUGGACGAGCUCAGCCGCAUGUUCCCGGGGCACCAGGGGCUGGAGGUGGUGAUGGUGGGGCCCGAGGUCGUCCAGGGGCCCAUCAUGAGGCCUCCGCUGAGGGCGUUCGGACCCCGGGGAAGAGUUUACAUCAGCGCUUACAAGGGCCUUUACCACCAGUUCUGGGAGGAAGUUGUGGAGAAAGGAGAAGCAGCCAAACCAGAUCUAGUGGUUGGAUUUCACCCAGGGUUUGACGGACAGGAAGUGAGUCAGGAUUGGUUGGCGACGCUCCUGCUGCUACGAGAUUACAAUAUCCCGACUUUAUUCACCAUGAUCAAUGAAGCAGAGCUACAGACUUCUCUUCAGAUAUUCUUGGAGUUGGAGAUGCAUGUUAAGGACUCCGGCUCAAACCCCUUCAGCUCUCUGAAACCUGAACAACUGCCAAAAAGCCCCAACAAAGCACCCGUUUACUGCAACGCUCACUACAUUUCUUUCUGUGGACUGCUGGAGAUGAAAGAGGAGGAAGAACAGAACUAAAACUGGAUAUUUUAACCGAAACUUAACCUCUAUUUUAUUUAAAAGAUAAUGCUAGUGACUGUAGAAGACAGACUUUAGUAGUUUAUGUGUUGAAUGAAAGUCUACAAGUAGUGUAAUGUUUGUUAUGUGAUGUUUUUUUUCCAUACAAGGCUUAUAAGAAUGAAUUUUGUUUAGGAUCAAUGCAUUUAAUAUAAUAUCAAAAUAUAUAAAUUUAUACAGUACGUCCA